UGUCAUCAGUCUGCGCGACGGGCGGGCCAGGUCGCUUCGGGACCGGUGUAGGCGCUGCAGGGGUGAAUGGUUGAGGUGCGUGAUGGGGGAUGAGACCGUGGCCGUCCAGCCUUGCCCGCUGCGCGAGGACAGCUUCACGCGCUUCUCGUCACAGAGCAAUGUGUACGGGCUGGCAGGCGGCGCGGGCGGGCGCGGGGAGCUGUUGGCCGCCACCCUUAAAGGCAAGGUGCUGGGCUUCCGCUACCAAGACCUCCGACAGAAAAUCCGGCCGGUGGCCAAGGAGCUGCAGUUCAAUUACAUUCCCGUGGAUGCCGAGAUUGUCUCCAUCGACACCUUCAACAAGUCGCCCCCAAAGCGGGGUCUGGUUGUGGGGAUCACAUUCAUCAAGGAUUCAGGGGACAAAGGCAGCCCCUUCCUUAACAUUUACUGUGACUACGAGCCUGGCUCGGAGUACAACCUUGACUCCAUUGCCCAGAGCUGCCUGAACCUGGAGCUCCAGUUCACUCCUUUCCAGCUGUGCCAUGCAGAGGUCCAGGUCGGUAAUCAACUGGAGACCGUGUUUCUCCUGAGUGGGAAUGACCCGGCCAUUCAUCUCUACAAGGAGAACGAGGGGCUGCAUCAGUUUGAGGAACAGCCCGUGGAAAACCUCUUCCCAGAGCUCACGAACCUGACCAGUAGCGUCCUCUGGCUUGACGUCCACAACCUCCCGGGCACAUCUCGGCGACUCUCCGCUCUUGGCUGUCAGAGUGGCUAUGUCCGCGUCGCCCAUGUGGACCAACAGAGUCGAGAGGUUUUGCAGAUGUGGACAAUCCUGCAGGACGGCCCCAUCUCCCGAGUGAUCGUGUUCAGCCUCUCAGCCCCCGAGGAGACCGAGGACAGGCCACCAAGGGAAGAGUACAGCGUGCUGGUGGCCAGCAUGUUGGAGCCAGCAGUGGUGUACCGGGACCUGCUGCGCCAGGGCCUUAAGGACCAGCUUAUCCUGCCUGGCAGCGACCAGUUCGACAGCGUCCUCUGUGGUCUGGUCACCGAUGUGGAUUUGGAUGGGCGGCCAGAAGUCCUGGUGGCCACCUACGGACAGGAGCUGCUGUGUUACAAGUACUGUGGCCGGGAGGCCGGAUUCCGCCUGCUGUGGCACAGGAGCUUCCCCAGCCCUCUGCUGGCCAUGGCUCACGUGGACCUGACCGGGGACGGGCUGCAGGAGCUCGCGGUGGUCUCCCUGAAGGGCGUGCACAUCCUGCAGCAUAGCCUGAUCCAGGCCUCAGAGCUGGUCCUGACACGGCUUCGUCAUCAAGUGGAGCAGAAGAGACGUCAGCCACAAAGGCUGGGGGACAGGGUGGGCCCAGGGCAUGCUGGGACCCCGGCCUCCUGAGCUCCCCCCGCCCCCGCUGCCCACCCCAGGCCUGGGAGAAGUUCAUCAGUGUACUCACCUGCAACCUUUCCUGGAGGAGGAAGCAUCCUAAAGGAGGAGAUGACCUCGCUAGGUCCCCCAGGGUGGUGGGGCUGGGAGUUCCUGCUCUGGUUCCACCCCAACAUGCCCUGUGACCUAACACACUCCUCUGUGCCUCAGCGUCCCCAUUUGAAAAGGGGAUGAUCUCACCCAAACCCCCUUCUACUCCCGAUGAGAGUUGGCCAGCCACCGAUUAUUUAUACAUCCAGAGAAACCAAA